CGCGCAGACGGUGGAACUUUUUGUCAACAAGGAGAGAAAAUGUGUUUUGUGACGAAGCGGCGCUUCCGAUUGACUCUCAAAAAGCGCUCUUUUGGUCCUGUCCAGCGAAUUGUCUUGGCGGAAAGAAACCUUUUCUCGCAGUGUGCGAGACCUAACUCGGACAAGGCAGGUCAACGACGUGACGGUCUGUUUCCCGGCUGCUUCCAACGCGCUUUGCUUUAGGAAUAGACUCCUUCGUACUUCUUUUUUUCCUUGUCUCACACAUUUUUCGGAUCGUGUUCUUUUCGUGAAAAUCGACUGUCUUGCCAUGUUCUCCGCCACUUUAGGCACGGGGCUUGCGCGCGUCCGCCCCGGCCUCGCUGCUUGCUCGGCGCAAGCGCCCUUCGCAUUCAACUGCUUUUGUCUUCCUGUCUGAAGCUUCGCGUUUCACCUCUGAGCGACCCGUGGCGAGCAAGCGACUGAAAGGACGGAGCAAAUCGAGUGCGAGAAGGCGCCCGACGUGGAACGCGAAAAGUCCAGACAAGCACUCCUCUGAGAACUUCCGUGGAAUCGUCAGAAUGGAGUAGAUGCAAGACGAAAGCGACAGACAGACGGAACGAACCAGGUGAAGCUGUUCACUCUGAGAAGUCUCUCUACACUGGGUUUGUUCCGACAGAAUCCUUCUGCCCGUCUGCGACCCAUUGUGUCCUCACAGCCGUCGUUCCCCUUUUAACUCCCUUUUCGUUCUCCUUUCCUUCUCCCGCCUCCCUGCAACAUGUUGAGGACGUUUUCUUCCUCGGCUGCUUCUUUGGCAGCUCCUUCAAAGUCCCAACAGCCAGCAGAAGGCGGUUCCGCCGGAGUCGCCCUUUCAGGCUCCGACUCUACUCGACCUUGCCAAGGAACGCUUCUUUUGCCAGCAUCAUCUUCUUCUUCACGACUCUCGAGGAGCCUUUCUCAACCUGUGGCUAGCGCCAAGCUUCUUCCCCACCUCCCUUCUUCGUCGUCGUCUUCUGCCCUUCCGUCCUCUCACUGUUCGCCAACUUCUGCAGAAACUCCUGCGCGGGGAGGCACUGCCCGCGUCGAGGUUUCUCUCACGGAGUCUGGAUGUUUCGCGAGUCAAAAAGUCAGAGAGGAUCACAAGGGAACCCAACAAGGAGGCGGAACUUUAUCGUUUUCGAAAGAGACAAGAAACAGAGACAGGGGAGACGGAGAAGAACACGACGCGAAGGAGACUGCUCGAGUCUCAGAGACCUCAAUGAAGACCGACUAUCCACUUGUUCUCGAAGCCUCUCGAAUCGCUUCUUCUCUCUCCUCCCGCUCUUCCUCUUCUCUCGUCUCUUCUUCUGCAAGUCUCUCGAGGGGCCUUUCUCACCCUGUGAUGGACGCCAAGCCUCUUCCUCAUCUUCCCUCUUCGUCUCCUCCACCAGCUUUUCCUGCUUCCUUUUACUCUUCCCUCUCUUCCUCUUCUGCUUCUUCUCUUUCUCUUUCUUCUUCUUCCGUUUCUUACGGAGCCUCGGUGGCGUGUGGAGCACCUCCUGGAAGCCCGAUGCUGCAGUCGUGGGGACAAGCAACUUCAGACAAGACGAAGGCCGACAUCUUGGAGAUUCUCUCGAGUUCCUUGGCAGACUUGCGUGACCUGCGGCGACAGGCGCGAGAAAGUGUGGACGGAAGCAAGGAGGCGGCGACGCAAAGUUAUCCCCGCGCGUCCGCGAAUCAGCCGGCCUGCAAGCUCCUGACGCCUGAGGAAGGGCGGGAGCAGACUGUCGCCAAGACUUUCCAGGGAUCUUCCCGGAAGACGUUCGACAAAACUUCCGAGAAGACUUUCGACAAAACUGGAGAGGACAACGGAGAGUCUCUUUCGCGAGAGAGUGCGCAACAGAGAGCGCGCCGCGAAGAAGAGAGGAAAGGGCGACUGAGGGGGGAAAUUCUGAGACUCUGCAAACGAAUGGAGCGUGCAGUCGCUCCUCUGCAAGCGGAAACGGCCGCGAAUGCCUCAGGGCGUCCUCUCCCAGGAGAGACCCAGCGGCGCGAAGAAGAGAUGGAAGUGCAGACGGAAGGAGAGGAAGACAGCGGGGCAAGAGAAGCAGAGGUAACACCGAAAAAGAGCGAGAGGAGAACGAGCAGGGAAGACACUCAGGCGGUCUAUCUGUCCUCCCCGUCGGUGCUCUCUGCUUCUCUUUCUAUCCCCUCGUUGAAGGCGAACGCGAUCGACGAACCGACGCAGGCUUCCGCGCCUCUUCUCUCUCGAGCUUCUCGUGACGAGAGAAACGCCAAUCAGGUUCAAAGUCCUAGCGAACGUACGUCCUCGUCGCUGUCAACCUCCUUCCUCGAGUCGUCUGCCACCGUCGUUCCUGCACCCGGAAACGGAACUCCCUCAGCGUCUCCGGUGCUCCCCACCCUUUCUCAGACUCAAAAGCCUGGAGACGUUCUGCGAGACGAAACCGGCAAAACAGAGAAUUCCUCCCGAGGCGCCCAACACACAGUUCAGACGCCUGAUCCGAACUCUGUCGUUCAAGAAACCUUCGCACGGCCGGCCCUGACGAUCUCUUCCACUCAGCUCCCCUCUUCUUCUCCGUCUUUUUCUUCAUCUUUGUCUGCGCGUCGUGGUGUCUCUGGAGUGGACUCUUCGAAGCGAGAUUCGGGAGCUCCUUCCAACUCUCUUUCUCGUGAAGCUGGCAAUGUCUCUCCUGUGGUUGCCCCAGUUUCGCAUGCCUCGAGUCAGAGAGCGAACCGCCUCUCUGCGAGACCGAGGCCUCCCUUCCCCGCUCUCCCCGCCUCAUGUCCUGCGGCGCCUCCUGCAGAUCUCCUCCGUCUCCGCGAGGCGCAAGUCGCCAGCGUCUUCCGCCCUACGCAAAAGACGAAUUCGCGUUCCUCCUCUGCGUCUCUCGCUCUCCAAAACUACACUGGAUGGCUCAAGCUCCCUUCUUCUUCUCUUUCUCACUCUUCUUCUCUUUCUCACUCUUCUCUCUCCCAUGAUGCUGUUCUUUCUCGCUCUUCUUCUGUGAGUCGAGAGAGGGGAGAGAAGUGGAGAGGCGCGCGGGAGAGCAGCAAAGGUUCGGGCGUUUCUUCUUCGCCUUUGUCUCUGGAGGAAGAAGUUUAUGUAUCUCGACAGACGCUCUCGCAGGCAUGUCCGACGCAGCUCUCGACGCUGUGCGACCGCAGGGGAGGUCGCAUGCGCAUUCAGACGCAGUUGAUGGAGCAGAUCGUCGCGGGGUCGGUGCCCAGACAAGUUUUUGAACAUUUCUAUGGACAGGGCGUCCCCGUCGAGGCGAGCGUGUCUCGCUUUUUAGAAAAACGGCGCAUGCAAAACACCACACGACGCGUCAAGGAACAUCUCGAGAAGAAAGUCCCCGAGUUCUUUGCGUCGAGGGGCAUGGCUCUGGAGGCCUGUUCGCCCCGCGAGGUCUUCCAAGCAGCCUUUCGCUACCUCGAGCAGGUCGCCGUCGCCACCUCGCGCGAGACGACCGGCCGCCGCCGCUCUUCUUUCUCUCUCCCCACUCCUGUCCUCCCUUCUCCUUCCUCUUCUUCCUCUUCUUCCUCUUCUUCCUCGUCUUCUUCGUCUUCUUCACCGUCGUCUUCCUCGCUCUCUUCUUCUACCUCGGCUUCCUUUUUUGCGUCGCUGCAUGCGACCGCACGCGGGGCGUAUCUGUCGCAGGCUGCGUUUUGCGAGGCCCUGGAGGUUUUGAGUUGGUGGCCAAAAGAAUUAAAUGAAUGCGACAAAAAAGAAGUUUUCCUCGCCCUUGCGCUAGCUGACGAAGAAGUCCACGGCAAAGCUCGGCUGGCAAGGGAGCGCCUCCUGCCCCAGGGCGUCACCGAACGUGGCUGGCUGCUCGGUUUCUUGACGCUGCCCUACAACCUCCCAGACUGGCCUGUGACCGUGGACUUGCUUCCUGUGGACCCUCGGCGCAGGCCGGCGUUGCCGUUUCUCUCCAUGUCUCCCGCAAUUUCGGCUGCGCCUGCGCUCCGCUGUUCGCCAUUUCUGCUGGUGCAUGCGCCGCAGGACGCGGCCGGCCGCAGCCCCUCGACUUGUUUGUGCGGUUUUCUCCAUCUGUGCCGCCUCGCGCUUCUGAUCUGCUCGGCUUUCGGGGAGAAAGUCGGACCGCGCUUCCCCGGCCUGCUGCUUCGUCUGUCGGAGCGCGCGAGCGGCGCGGCUGCGGGCGGCGCAGGGAAGCCUGCAGCUUGUCGAGACGCUGCGACGGUUCUCGAGGAAGAACGGAGACAAGCGGAGAGUCUUGCUGCGCCGCUCGACGUUUCUGCAUAUUUGCCCUCGGAGCUCGUUCUCCCCGCGUCUGCAGGAAGAGAGAAGGACCGUCGCGGGAGGGCGAGUUCGCGCGAAGAGAAGAAGAAAUCGCGGAGCGCGACGGACGCGGACUCCCAGGAAGAACACAAAACCACCCGAAGAAAGUGCAAGGUUCCCGCGUGGCAUCUCUGCCAGGACAUGCUGCUGAGUCGCCUGGUGUCUCUGGAGGAGGUUCAGGCGAGUCUCGACUUGUUGUGUCCUUCGCCGUGGGUUCUAGCGGCUCUCCACUUGCUGAUUGGCGUCACCUCUCGCGCUCUCUCCACAGCAGAGUGGUAUUCGCUUCUCCAUCCAUGCUCGCCGUUAGCUGAGCCUCUGGACCUCGAAAAAAUCUCCGCGCGCUUCGACCUCGAAAAUCCUCUCCCUUCCUUCUCCUCCUCCUCCACCUCCUUCUCGUCUCCCUCCUUCAUCAAAAACAACUUCCUCUCCUUCUUCUCACUCUCCUCUCGAUCUGCUUCUUCUUCGUCUCCUUCUUCUCCUUCUGCCUCUUUUUGUGGCGUCGUCGACGUUUGCUGGGGUUGCGGAGUAAAGGCACACGCGAGGCCUACGCGUCUGCAGCAGGAACGCGACGCGUCGAGCAAGUCUGAGCAGAAGUUUUCUUUUCCACCUGGGGAGAAGGCGCCCGAGACGCAGAGCCGCCUGAGCCUGCACUGGCUGUCCUUCGAGAGGAAAGGCGGCCGACGCGGGAAGAAAGGCACGACUUUUCUGUCCGCCGCCAAGACGCCGGAAGACAGAGACGCCUGCGGCGAGGCGUCGGCCGAAGCGCCUGGGGCCUUGUCGCGGACUCUGCCUUUCUUCGAAAUGCUGUCGGAUGACGAACGGACUGUCCUCCUCAACAAGGAGCGGGUGUACCUCCAGACGUUGCGUUGUCUCGCCUCCUUGCUCGCAGACUGCGCCGCUUCAGAAGCUACGCAAAAAGCAGUGAAUCGAUUGACGACUGCAGCCGUCAGUCCCUCGCUCAUCGAACCUGGGAUGCCGCCCGGAGGCAGCCAGGCUCUCCUCUCGCUCGUCAACGCAGGCGGAUCGUGUUGCUUCGACGUCUACGCGCUCCACGCAUGCGUCAAAGUCUUCUUCGCCAUUGCUACGAAAUCGCGUCUCUUCUCGCUCUUACACGACCUUCUUUAAGCGAAGAGUCGAACCUCGGGAUGAACAUGCUCACAAACACUCAAAUACGUUCUCAUACGUAUACGUAUAUAUACAUAUAUGUAUGCAGGUAAACAUAUACAUCAUACAUGUAAAUAUAUACACAUAUACAUAUAUAUAUGUAUGUAAAUAUAUACAGAUAUAUACAAGUAAAUUUAUACAUACAUAUGUAUCUAUCUAUAUAUAUAUAUAUCUAUGUGAUGACGAAGGGAUGUUGGUAGAUGUGGAAGGAUCUGUCUCGAUUUGUGAUUUCUUGUCGAUUUGUAUUUUGUUAAGCAAAUCUCUUUCAUUUUAAAAUGCAUCUCCUUUUGUACUUGACUUUCGAUUUCGUUAUUGUCACCCCUUGGGGGAACGCCGGUGUCGCAAAAGGCAGAGCUGGCAGCUGUCUACGAAUCUCUCAACUCGCGAUUUCUCUCCAGUCAUUUUAUGCACUCGUCCUCGCUUCUCUUCCGUCUCUCCGAUUCCUGGA